CCGUGCAGGCCCAACUUCCAAGGUUCCGAUCACCCUAAGCACCACUGGACAGCGGGGAGCAAGUAGCAACCACCUCGACCGGCCCGCAUCACGCCCACGCCUCCAACUCACCAAGUUCCGCUCCACCUCCAUCCACCCUCCUUCCACCACCCCACCACCCUCCUCCACCACCCCAUCGCCUUCCAGUUCCCCGCCCACCCCCGCACAAUGCCACAAUCCGCCACGCGCGACACGAUCGCCUACAGCGUCCUGUCACGGUACCUCCCGACACUCAGCCACAUCAUCACGACGGCGUCGUUCUGCCACAUCUACCGAGGAGCGUUCGACACCUCAGCCGCCGGAGGUGGCACGUUCAGCUGGGAGAAGAAAGAGAUCAGCGGCUCUUUAUUCCUCGCCGCCACUUCCAACCCCAUCACCGGGUGUGAAGACUACCACCUGAUAAUCCUGAACCGGCAAAGCGUGAACAACUUCAUCUGGACGCUGUCGUCGACAGAGUCGAUCGAGGACGACGGCGAGCAUCUGGUGCUGUCGCAUACCUCGGGCUUCACGCCCACGCCGAAAGCGGAGCUCCAGCCCGGCUACGAUAUCGAUGCGUUCUCGUGCUGGGGAAUUUGGGUCUUUCCAAACCCGAGCGUCGGCGACGAGCGCAGUAGGAUGCUCGAGGCGGUUAUGCUGUGCGCGAAGCGCGCGGAGGAGAAUAAGAAACGGCCGCAGCCACCACAAGCACAACCGCAAGCACCACCCCCACCAGCAGCAGCACAGGCUCCCCCCGCGCCCCCCCUCAACACCGCUCCCUCGGCCCUGGGGGGCUACAGCAUAAUGGACCAGAUCUUCCCUCAAUCACAGGCGCAGGGUGUCAUAUCAGCGCCGAGUCCAUCGCAGUAUGCGCCGCCUGUGCCGGUGGGACUGGCGGGGCAACAAACGUUCUCGCCACCGUACCCGACGCCGCAGGUGAUGCACCAGGAGAUGCCGGUGGAUAAUACGGGGAACCAUCAGGGAGGGAAUGGAGGUGGAGGGAAUGGUGCUGGUGGAGAUAUAUUGGGGCGUCUGUUUGAGAAUGCGAGGCAGCGCGGACCGGUGGGUGGGUGUUAGGUGCUGCUGGAAAGCUGACCAGCGGGGAACUGUGGGAACUGUGGGGACCAUGCGGAGGGGGAGGUUGUAACUCGGAGAUACCACUGU